AGGCCUGGCACGAACACUCAAGUGCUCAAGUAUCCAAACACCAUAACCAUCGACAUUCCCUUCAGCAACCAUGAAACCAAGAGAAUAUUGCUGCUGUGCCAUUCCCCUCGUCAACCCAGGCAUCUAUGCCACUUUAACUGAACAAUUCGUGCUUGGAGUUGUCGUAGCUACGCUCUCUGUCGCAACGCCUGAAAUUGUCGGUGCUGCAACACCGUCUUUUGCACCCUGGCUUUUCGCCAUUGUUUGCUACAUAGCAGCUGCCAUCCAGCUGCUAGGUUUUAUGGGUGUAGCUCAGGAGAAACCAAUUUUAUACCGUCGAUAUGUCACUCUACACCUCAUAGUCUCUGUCGCCGCGUUCGCCAUCGCCAUCGCAUGGGUCAUCAUCUCUGCCACUCGCCAUUCCACGGCUCAGUCUAAUUGCGAAAAGAAGUUCUUUCCUGUGUCCGGCUCAUCAUCAACGUCAUCUGAAGGGCAGACACUCUGCAAUAUCUUCUCGUGGGUCGAUGUCGGCUUGAUGGGAGGGGCAUGGGUAUUUUUCGCUAUCACACAGAGCUACUUCUCAAUCGUUGUGUCCUCGUACGGGUCUUCUCAGAGGCACGACCAUGCCAUGUACGAUUCUCUCGAUGACUCCACUAAACCCUUUACCAAUGAUAUCGCUAUGGGCGACCGCGGUGAUCCUUGGGAUUCUAGGCCCUCUACAGAUCACCUCGGCGGCGGUAGAGAAAGCGGCGCAUCGACGGUUAUGAAUGCGCCCAUGCAGAAGGAGAGCUCGGAGUACAUGGAUGGCGGUUAUGCGCCCACAACGUACCCCUUGUCCGACCCGAAGGGUGUAUAUACACAGGAUCCCCAGCCGACGCCGUACGGGCAAAGUUAUUACACUGGUGUAGGGGCAGGGGGCGCCGGGGGAUAUGGAGGCGUGCAGGAGCCAGCUGCGAUCCAGGGUCAUCCCGGAAGGCUCUUUUCGCAGGAAGACACCGAGGUACUGAUUAAUGGUUGAGUGACGAGUACAUCAUUUGUGGAUAUGGACUUUUCUGCUUUAUGCGUGGACAGACAUUGUUUAGAUCACUAUUCCCCUUGUAAUUCUCUUGUUACGUGGUACC